AAGUCACACAUUUUCCCCCAAGAACCUCAGACGUGGUCACGGGCUCAGGGACAGGGCUGUGACCAUGGCCGGGCUGGUGCUGUGUCCUGCGUCCGGUAACUGGCUGAUGGUGUUGGUGCUGCUGAUCUCAGGUGAGCCGGUGUCACCACUCACAGAUGAGGACUUGUACCUGAACCCCAAAGGAAGUGCUUGUUCCCAGAUCUGGCAGCACCCCCGUUUCAUGGCUAGGAAAAGGGGCUCUGUGGUGAAAAUGCAGUGUCACACAGAAAUUUCCAGCAAGGUGACCUGGUCCUGGAAGCAGCAGCAGGCAAAAGAUGAGGAGAUCUCGGUGGUGCCCCAAGGAAAGAGCCGCUUCCUGCAGACCAGCAAUAACACCGUCCACACCCUCACCAUCCAAGGCAUCCAGUUUGAGGACAACGGCAUCUACUUCUGCCAGCAGCAGUGUGACAGGAAGACCGGGAAGUCCCCCAGUAUCAUCCAGGGUUGCGGCACAGAGCUGCGAGUCAUGGGAUUCAGCACAUUGGCACAGGUGAAGCAGCGAAACACACUGAAAGAUGGCAUCAUAAUGAUCCAGACCCUCCUCAUCAUCCUUUUCAUCAUUGUGCCCAUCUUCCUGCUGCUAGACAAGGAUGACAGCAAAGCCGGGAUGGAAGAAGAUCACACCUAUGAGGGCCUGGACAUUGACCAGACGGCCACCUAUGAGGACAUAGUGACUCUGCGGACGGGGGAGGUGAAGUGGUCUGUCGGGGAGCACCCGGGCCAGGAGUGAGGAGCCAGCUCCCCAUGACCCAGGACCACUCCUGGGCCUCACUGACUGCAUCAGAGUUGCCUGGUUCAUGGCUCGUACCCUCCUCCCUGGACCCCCAGCUGGCCUCUGCGCCUGGCCCACCAGAGCCGCCUCCCCCUCCAGCUGUUGGUCCCAGCUCUUGCCAGGGGGCCUAGAAUAGGACAACAGACAGUGAUUUAGAACGGGAAGAUCUCUGGGGAUAGACUGGGCCAGGCUUCGGUGGGUGCUAUGCAGGAUCCCCACGUUUGGGACAGCAAAGCAGAGACUUGUUGAAACCUGCAGAUGGACUCAAGACAGACUGACUUCUUGUAGGGCCUUGGAAGGGCCGUGGCUCCCCAAGGACCCCAGAAGGCCACGGAGAACUGCGUUCCUCUCUCACAUCCUCUCCCGUCUGAGGGACUGCUGUACCUGGAGCCCAUUCUCCCAUGGAAUAAACAGUGUGUCUGACA